UUUGUUUCAUACCAUUGUAAAAAUACAUUGAAAACAAUCGCCAGCAGAUUAGUCUUGUUUUUGGUGUCGUGGUUUGUUGACAGAUGCUAGUAAAAGAGCUCAUCUUUGACUGCUGGAUGUCCAUCUGUGCAGGCAUUGCCUCGAUGACCGUCCCGGUGUACAUUGCUGAAACAUCGCCGCCGCAUCUGAGAGGACGCCUGGUCACCAUCAACACUCUGUUCAUCACAGCGGGACAGUUCACAGCCAGCGUUAUUGACGGAGCCUUCAGCUACAUGAAGCACGAAGGCUGGAGGUACAUGUUGGGUCUGUCGGUGAUCCCGGCGCUGCUGCAGUUCCUAGGGUUCCUCUUCCUACCAGAAAGCCCCCGUUGGCUCAUUCAGAAAGGCUUGACCCAGAAGGCCCGGCGUGUGCUCAGCCAAAUCCGUGGCAACCAGAACAUCGACGAGGAGUAUGAUACUAUCAAAAGCAGCAUUGAAGAGGAGGAAAAGGACUGCGGAGGAGGUGAGAAAAAGGUCUUGCACGUGUUCACGCAUGCAAGUAGCUCAAAGAAACACAAAUGCCGUCUCGGUACAUUGGCUUCAUUCAAUUAUGGAAAGUACUCAAGCGCAAAAGAGAAUCAGGGAACCUAAGUAGUGCACACGUUUACAGGGAUUUGAGGCACAUUGGAAUCAUUUGUGUGACUUGGACUUACCCAUUGGAACUUGGAGCUGUUAAGUUGACUUACCUUUAAAAAACUGUUGCCUUAAAAUGAUCAAGUCAGGGAAUUAUUUGCAGAAUUAUGAAAUUAGUUAAGUCAACUUAUCAUUUUAAAACCAAGGAGUUUACACACUUUUUCAAGCAAAGUAAACAAAUCACUUUUUUACCUUGUGGGAAUCAGAGAAGUGAGGCGAC